AUGACAGAAUACGAUAAAUACGCUGAGCAAUUAAGACAUCCAGAUAAUCCAAUUGUUUUUCUUGAAGUCACUGCCGGGGGUGCACCAAUUGGAACAAUUGUGAUUGAACUUUUCGCCGACGUGACUCCACGUACAGCCGAAAACUUCCGCCAAUUAUGCACCGGCGAAUUUAAAAAAGACGGUGUCCCUAACGGUUACAAGAAUUGCACAUUUCAUCGCGUCAUCAAAGAUUUUAUGAUUCAAGGAGGCGAUUUUGUUAAUGGUGACGGAACAGGUAUGACGAGUAUCUAUGGCGCCAAGUUCCGCGAUGAAAACUUCGAACUGAAACACGUUGGUCCCGGAAUAUUGUCGAUGGCGAAUGCUGGUCCCGACACGAAUGGCUGCCAAUUCUUUAUUACCUGCACCAAAACCGAUUUUUUGGAUAACAAACACGUUGUUUUCGGAAGAGUGCUCGACGGAAUGCUGACUGUUCGAAAAAUCGAAAACGUGCCGACCGGAGCCAGCAACAAUCCGAAAUUGCCGAUUGUGAUCGUCCAAUGUGGACAAUUAUAA